AUGUGUUCAGGCGCCGACGUGGGACCUGGGCGGAUUUCGCCUACUUUCCCAAAAGCGCUCUUCGGGGAAGUCCCCUUCCCUGGGAGUGACGUUGGCCGGGGCGGCGUGCAGGCCCCGACAGUGAUUCUGUGUCGACACAAUGCCGACGGAGGACAUGGCGAAGACCUCGAAUCCGCGCAUGGCUAUCUGCCUCCCACCGCUGCCCGUCCCUGUAUUGCCAUGGGAACUUUUGACAAGGACAAGAACCCUGGUUUGGUGGUCGCCGACCUCUGUGUCAUGGCUGCCCGGUUCUUAUAUGGCAUCGGGAAGGGAGAACCGGCCGAUGCACCAUAUCCCCGAGACUUUGAAUUCCUCGAUACAGCUGUCGAUAAUGCCCCCGGUAAAGAAGAGAUGGACGCUGCCGAUAGAGGACAUGGUCUGAUGAGUGUCGGAGAAGGGAGCCCAAACCUUCCAUCCACUCCAUCAACUGCCUCUGGUUCGCCGGAAAAGAUCCCUCGCUCCAGCACCAAGAUGAGGGUCGCCACCCUCGCCUGGCUAUGGAAAUUCGCCGAUGACGCCGACAAGCUGCAGGCUCAAUUUAAACACCUGCUCGAUUUGCCGGCCGAGGUUGGGGUCUUGCAUCUCUGCGGCUGUGGCAUCUGCUCCAACACCGGUGUCGGGGUGAGAAUGCUGGGAUGCUGUGAGAAGACCCAUUUGAUCCUGGGCGAUCAAAAGUUGAAUGGGACCCAUAAGACAUUUCAUCAAAUGCUGAGGUUAAUCCAUACAGAUGACUAUCUGGAAACCGUGGCUAUUAUCCAGAGGGCGCGUGGUGGGAGAGGUGUGUUCUGA